AUGAAAAAGUUUCGCAUAUUGCUGGAAAGAAUUCCAGAAAUUAAUACAUCGAAAAAGCCCGGAAACAUUUUUGUCGCUUUCAACGGUGAAUUGGAAUUGGAACUUGCAUUUUAUGGCAGAAAAAAUAUAUAUAUAUAUAUUAUCAAGCGAAUGGAUUGGAUAUGGUCUUGGAGUGAUUUUGUCUUUUACGGUUUUUGUUCGUGUAGCGGUAAUAAUAAAACUACUGAUAAAACUACCGAUUUCACUAAUAAACAAAGCGAAUCGAAUUGCAAAUUAUACGUUGUGAAUGAGAACUGUAUUAAUUUUGAUAAAAAUAUAAAUUGUUUAUAUAAUUUCAAUGAUAUGAAUAAGUCUCAAGAUUUUUUGAGUUUAUUGGAGAAAUUACAAAGUGAACGUUUGGAUGAUCAACGAUGCGAAAUGUUUUCGCUUUCAAAAGUCAUUUUUUAUUUUUUUAAAUAUGAUUAUUGGCAUUAUUGGCAGCUCUCACAUUUGUUUAGCGAAUCAAUUUGGUCAUUCAGAGGAGUAUCGCAGAAUAAAAUGAAGGGAAAUGAAACACUGAAAAUCCAAGAAACCGUCAAGGAUGUUCUCUAUCAAACAAGAAAUAAUGGGAGAGCAUCGCAAAAUCUUUUCGUUCUCCGUCCUGAAACAUCGUACACCUCGUGGAUUCAAUUCACACGCCUAGGAACACCUUGUUCAGAACCAUUACCAUUAAAGAAAGAGGAAAAAGAAAAGAAUUAA